GUCCCGUGAAGGCGGACAUAAGGGAGUCAGUGGCCCUUUCACACCUUACUUAUUGACUCUACACGAUCACGUAUCGUUGCAUUGGUAUUACGAGACUAGAUUUUUCCGGGGGCCGCGGGCAUUGAAUGUUCCGUGUUCGCUUCGACGUGCUCUCUGGACGCUUUAACGUAGGAGUACAGCCUGUUCUCAUUAUGGAUCCUGUUGAGGAGGUUCCUGCUGGUGGUGCUGGUGGUGCUGGUGCCGCCGCCGGUCCAUCGAAGCCAGCUUCGAACAAGGCUAUGGCGCCGAUUGAUUUCUCGGCUCAGCGCCGGAAGCAGCUGAAGACGGAUGCUCAGUUGCUUGAGUAUAACCUGAUGCACAUCGAGAACUAUCUCGCUGCGCACCCGGACGAGACCAUCGAAACGCCCUUGCUGCGCGCGGUCUUGCUCUCGGUUCUCAACCCGCCUGAGCUUGCUCUUCGGCUGCACAGUGACCUCAAGGCGCUGAACCCGCCCGUCAUUCCGUCCCUUGAGUGGCUGGCUGACUGGUUCCGCAUGAAUGCAGUCUCGACUGCUGAGACGGCCUACUUCACCGCUGUGGUUACGUUCCGCACGACCAAGUUGGGUGAUUUCACGGACGUCUCGCAGCUGGUGCUGCACAUCGAGGACCUCAAGCGCGUGCUCGUUGACCUUCCCGCUGAGAUGUGGGUCAACUAUGCGCUGGCCCUGAGCCCCGCGAACGUCCGCGCGGCGCUGAUGUUCAAGUUCAAGGACAACUCUGCUGUGCCGUGGUCCAACUGGCCGGAGUUUGUCGCGGCGUUGCGGUCGCGCGCUCACGAGUUCAAGGUCACCGCUGAGGCGCGCCCGUUCAAGCGCGACAACGGUUCGGCCGCUGCUUCGUCCUCUGGCCACGCCAAGAAGUCCAAGCCCAACGGCGAGGGCUACGCCAAGGACAAGGCCUUCGACCCGGCGUCCAUCCCCAUCUCUGCACGCCUCAAGUCCGUUCCCGAGGGCGCCGAUCCCAAGGCUUACGGCUUGUGGGUCAAGGGCUUGACGACGCAGCUCAAGGAGCAGUACAAGAAGCACCGCAAGUGCCUCCUGUGCGGCGAGACCGACCACAUCGUCAAGCGCUGCCCCAAGCAGAGUGCGAAGUUCCCGCACGAGUUCUUCUGGUACAAGAAGUAGAUGACUAGGCCUGAUGCUGCGUUGGACACCAGUGGUCUAGGUCAUUCUGGCGCUUUGCGCGCAUCGCAUGAUAUCGCUUCCGCAUCUGUUCGCAUUUCUGAGGCAACAUGUUUGCAUUGUUCUGAUAAGUUACCAAGUGAGACUUCUGUGAUUGUUGAGCCUGUGGCUAAGACUUCUGUGAAGCCCAAGGCUAAGACUUCUGUUAUGCCUUUGGUGGGCGUAAAACGGCUGCAGUCGCUUAUCACUGCCCCGUCUUCGGACUUGUUUUCGGUACGCGUGUCUUGUAACGCUAAGACGAACUCAAGUAUGCCUCUGCAAGCUUCUGUGUCACCGGAUAUGGAUACCCGUUCCAUUCGCAAGUCCGAGUUUGAGUACUUACAGCAGCUUGCCGGUCGGCAUUUCACUUGGGAUGCUUGUGCUUCUGUCGAUGGCUCCAACGCCAUGUGUCCAAAAUUCAGUUCUGUACGUCGCAGCUUUCUGAAAGACAGCUGUGCCGGUCACCAUGUCUGGAUGCACGCCCCUGCGCAUCACAUUGAGUCUUUCCUGCAGCAUUACCUCCAGUGCAAAGCUUUGGCGCCUACUUCGACCUCUGGUGGGUUUUUGGUUCCUAAGUGGUUGUCUGCACGCUGGCGUCCUUUGCUUGCUGGCAUGCGUAUGUUGCAUGAGUUUCACGCAGGGUACCAUCUGUUUGAGUCUGCUUCCGCUAGGAGGGGGGGAAAACGCGCUCGCGUGAGUGGCGUUAACUAUCCUGUGGAAUUUUGGUACGAUGCACCUGCUUCUGCCCCUGUUUCUGUUCCUACUUCUGACAUUGCUGUUUGUGCAACUCUGCCAGCUCCCUUCUCUGUCUCUAAGGGAUUUGCACUGCAGUUCAAGGGUUCUGUUUGCCAUUCGGACGCUUCUGUCUUGCUUGACACUGGUUGCCAGGCCUCGCAUCUUCUUAGUGCAGGUUUUGCGCGUCGCAUCGGCUUGCAAGUGUCAGCACCGACGGCUAACGAUCCUACGCCUUCUGUCGUCAUGGGAGAUGGUUCUUCUGUACCUAUGGUGGGCUUUGCCAAUGUGCCUGUGCGGUUGCAAGGGUACAAGGGUAGGCUUCGCUGUGCGGUUUUGGACCUCGCCCCUGGCUUUGAUCUGAUUCUUGGUGAUCCCUGGCUGCGUGCUAACGGUGCCAUCAUUGAGUUCCAUGAACGCCGUGUGCGCUUGACUGCUUACUCCGGUAAACCAGUGCUGCGUAAUGGACCCUUUGACCCCGUUCCCCAGCCCAGCGAUGCUGCCGAGUUUGCUUUCCUACAGGCUCAGCGUGAUGGCGAUGAGUUCCUUCUGUGUAUGGUUCGCAAGGUGGAUGCUGAGGCUGAGGCUGACGCUCAACCGCCUGCUCCAUCGUCGCCACCGGCACCUCCGACUUUUUCACAAAAGGUGUGUACCGCUGUGCCUGGUGAAUCGCCUGUAGAUCUGCGUAUGCGGGCUCUUCUGCUGGAAAAGGAACACCUGUUCCCGGACCAAUUGCCUGCUGAGUUGCCGCCUGAUCGCGGGCUGCCUCGUGUCGUUCCACUUGAGCCUGGGGCACGGCCUCCUGCUCAGCGUAUGUUUCGCUACUCUGUGUUGGAACGUGAGGAAAUGCAACGCCAGAUCUCACAACUUCUGUCACAAGGCUUCAUUGAGUCUUCCUGUUCGCCUUUUGGUGCACCCAUUCUGUUCGCACGUAAAAAGGAUGGAACAUUGCGUAUGGUGGUUGAUUACCGUGCUCUGAACAACAUCACCAUCAAAAAUCGGUAUCCGCUUCCGCGUAUCGAUGAUCUGCUUGAUCGCCUGUGUGGUGCUACUGUCUUUUCGUCUCUUGAUCUGACCCAGGGCUAUCAUCAGCUCCUGAUGCAUGACGAAGAGCGUGAGCGUACUGCGUUUCGUACACCGUUUGGUCAUUACCAGUACAAAGUUCUGCCUUUUGGACUAACGAACGCCCCGGCUGUGUUCCAGUCCGCUAUGAAUUCUGUUCUCCAGGACCUUCCCUUCGCUGUGGUCUAUCUGGACGAUAUUCUGAUCUUCUCCAAGUCGCGGGACGAGCAUGUGGAGCAUGUGCGCGUCGUACUCGAGCGGUUGGAGCGGAACAAGUACUAUGCCAAGCUGGCUAAGUGCGAGUUCUUCAAGGAAUCUGUGACGUUUCUGGGUCAUAUCAUUUCGGGCGCGGGCAUCCAGCCUGAUCCGCGAAAGACCGCCGUCGUCUGCAAGUGGCCAAAGCCAAUGAACGUUUCUGAGUUGCGUUCAUUUCUGGGCUUAGCUAACUACUUUCGUAAGUUCAUUCAGGGCUAUGCCAACAUGGUUGCGCCCCUGACGAAACUUCUGUCGUCCAAGGCGAGCUGGCCUGACGAAUGGACUUCCUCGUGCGACGAAGCCUUUGCGCUUGUCAAAGAGGCUCUGACUUCUGCGCCUGUACUUGCUUUACCGGAUCCGGCAUUACCUUACGAGGUUAUCGCGGAUGCUUCGGGUGUGGCAUUGGGUGCUAUUCUGUUGCAGAAUGAGCGACCUGUGGCUUUUGAGAGUCGUAAGCUCAAUCCUGCUGAGUUGAACUACCAUACUACUGAUCGUGAGUUGCUUGCCGUUGUGCAUGCGCUUAAGGUAUGGCGGUGCUAUCUGGAAGGUGCCAAGUUCACGGUUGUCACGGACCAUGAACCUAACACUGCUCUGAAGAAACAACCGGUACUGUCUCGACGGCAGGCGAGGUGGUUGGAGUUGCUUGAAUCGUUCGCAUUUGAUUGGCAGUACCGCGCGGGUAAGACCAAUCCGGCUGACCCGUUGUCCCGUUUCCCCGGGCACGUCAACAUGUGUGCGGUGAUGGCAAUGAAGACUCGCGCUUCUCGUGUCCUUGGUACACGGGCUCCCUCUGGCGUCACCUUAGAGUCUCUUGGCUCUCUUCCUCAGUUUGAGCAGCUGGUGCUUCAGGGUUAUCUGACCGACCCAUGGUUCUCUGACGUUGCCAACACGAAAGCGUUGACGCAGCGUGAUGGUUUCUGGUAUCAGGGUGAACUUUUGGUGAUUCCUAAUGCUGGUGAUCUUCGCAAGAAGGUACUGCAUCUCUGUCAUGAUCAUCCUCUUUCUGGCCAUGCUGGUGUCACCAAAACACUUCACCUGGUGCGGCGCACAUUUUGGUGGCCCAAGGUUCAUGUUGACGUGCGAGACUAUUGCAAGUCGUGCGAUAGCUGUCAACGUAUGAAGCCUGAGCAUGUUCUGUCGCCUGGUAAAUUGCUGCCUUUGCCUAUUCCGGAUCGGCAGUGGUCUGUUGUUACCAUGGAUUUCGUUACCGACCUGCCUCCGUCUCAGGAUGGGCAUGGUUACACUGCGAUUUAUGUCUUUGUUGACAAGCUCACUAAGAUGGCACAUUUCGUCCCGUGCUAUACAACUGACGAUGCCGAGAAGGUUGCGCAGUUGUUCGUUAACACCGUUGUUCGCCUCUACGGCAUUCCUACGGCUGUUGUCUGUGAUCGUGAUCCAAAGUUCCGUUCGGCUUUCUUCACGUCUCUGUGUGCUCUUCUGAAUACUCAGAUCAACAUGAGUACCUCGUAUCAUCCGCAGUCUGAUGGUCAAACUGAGCGUAUGAACCGUACGCUUGAGGACAUGCUUCGGCAUUAUGUGGCUGGUGAUACUGCGUCUUGGGCACAGUACCUUCCUCUGGUUGAGUUUGCUGUCAACAAUGCCUAUCAGGAGUCGACGAAGACUACUCCUUUUCGGCUUAUGUACGGCUUUGAUCCUCUGACGCCUCAGGCACAUUUGGUGCGUUCUUUGGGGGGGAAGAAGUCACCGCAGUCUGCAGUACAGCAGGCGGCGACUGAGAAGGCUCAGCAAAAGGCGCAGACGCGUCGUAAUGCUGCGCAUCUGCAUCUUGCUUUGGUUCGUGGUCUGUCUGUUGACCAGCACCAUUUUCUGUACAACGAGUUGGCUCUGAAAUUCCAUGCUCGUAUGCAAGAAGCCCUCGCUCGUGCCAAGCAGUGUUUGCAAGCAGCGCAGGACCGUCAAAAGGUCUAUGCGGAUGCUAGGCGCUCUGAACGUUCCUUGCAAGUUGGUGAUCGCGUGCUCUUGAGUACCAAGCACAUGCGCCUUCAAGGACCUCGGAAGUUGUUACCGCGCUUCAUUGGACCCUAUGCGGUCACCUCUGUCAUCAACCCGGUCGCUUAUCGUUUGGAUUUGCCUCCUGGUGUUCGCAUGCACAACGUGUUUCACGUGUCGCUUCUGAAACUCUAUGUUGAUGGGGGACGUGUGCAACUGCCUCCGCCACCUGAGAUUGUCGAUGGUGAGUUGGAAUUUGAGGUUGAGUCUGUCUUGGAUCACCGUGAGAUCAAGCACAAACGUCACCGUCAGCGGUACUAUCUGAUGCGUUGGAAAGGUCAGGGUCCUGAGUAUGACUCUUGGGAGCCUGAAGCCAAUCUGACCAACUGCGCGGAUUUGCUUCGUUCGUACUGGACUGUCCGUAAGGAUAACAGUUCCACACCUCUGUCGUCCAACACUUCUGCUGAACGCGUUCCUUUUGAUCCGGUUCCUGUGCAAACCAGGACGGGUCGCCAGAUUCGAAAACCCGCACGUUUUGGUGCAUUUCUGAUGACUUUGGCCUGUGUCAGUGAGGUGGGCUCCACAUCACUCUAACGCGCUUAAUUGCGUGGCGGCACUGGUACUGUCGGCUGUCGGGACGAUCAGCCACUUAAGAGGGG